CAGCCUUCGUCUGGGUGGGAAGGGGCGUUUCCAAGAGGAGGGACCGCAGGCUCGCCCGAAAGUGGUGUGAGCAGGCUGGGCGAGCGGAGCGGCGGUGCGACUGUUGGGACAGAGCUGGUGGCGCUAGGCUUAGGUUAAGACUACCUUUCCAGAUAGUCCAACAACUAAGUCACCAAUUUCCAAGGGCAUUUGCACCACCUAUGGAAAACAUCCGAUCUGUGCACACCAGAUAUCCUUGACAACUCAUCCCACCAUCCCCCUGCACAAAAGUUGCCGUACCAGCGGACAACGAAGGCGACCACUGAGUUUCUUUUUAUCACCAAGUAGAUAUACUAUCCCUGCCAACAAAACAGAGUACACAAAGUGUCUCUUCACAAUAUCAUGACCACUUGAGACCCUGCUAAGAAAAUCAGCUUGCCUAGAUGAGCACCCUGUCUCUCCUUGGUUAGCCAGGAUUUGAAGGAGAGCUUCUGUCCUGUGCUGCUGGUAAGUGACUGACACUUUUACACACUGAACUGGUCCUGAGAACUGAGAUGUCUUCUUUGUAAGUGAAGAAUAUACAACAUAAUCUUGAAGGACUGCACAGUGGUGCGAGCCAGAAGCAUACUGUGUGUGUGUGUAAUGGACUGAGAAACAGACAAAUUAAUCUUGUUGAAAGGAUUUUUCAUCUUUUGUUUAUUUGCCAGUGUUAGCCAGUGUUUUGCUGGCUUAGAUUGUUGCCUUUUUCUGGUUCCUUUUGUCUCUUCUCUUCUGAUGGGUCCCAGAAAUCCCUCUCCUGACCCCUUAUCAGAAUCAGAAAGUGAGGAAGAAGAGAACGCUAAGUACCUCAAUGAGAGUUCUGGGGAAGAGUGGGAUUCCUCUGAAGAAGAGGACCCUGUGGUGCCCAACCUAACGCCUCUUGAGAGUCUUGCCUGGCAGGUUAAGUGCCUUUUAAAAUACUCUACAACUUGGAAACCUUUAAAUCCUAAUUCCUGGUUAUAUCAUGCUAAACUCUUGGAUCUAAGCACACCGGUCCAUAUACUUCGAGAGAUAGGUCUAAGACUCUCCCAUUGUUCCCACUGUGUACCAAAACUGGAACCAAUUCCUGAGUGGCCUCCUCUGGCUUCUUGUGGAGUCCCACCUUUUCAAAAGCCCCUUAUAAGUCCCAGCCGGCUUUCUAGAGAUCAUGCCACUCUAAAUGGAGCACUGCAAUUUGCCACCAAACAGUUAAGCCGAACAUUGAGUAGAGCCACUCCCAUACCUGAAUACCUAAAACGGAUCCCUAAUUCAUGUGUGUCUGGUUGUUGCUGCGGCUGGUUAACUAAAACAGUUAAGGAAACAACCCGCACUGAACCCAUCAACACUACUUACUCCUACACUGACUUCCAAAAGGCAGUUAACAAACUCCUAACAGCAUCACUAUAAAGAUCCACCAUUUGUUCUGAUAUCUGUCAUGUUGUUACAGGAGUACAAAGUUACACAGCCUGCAGUUGAGAAACUAAUGGCUUCUCAACCAAACUAUACCCUGUCCUGACAGGCUGCAGUACUGCCAAGUACUGAAUAUUUACCCAAGAGUCCCAUAACUCUCUACAGAAAAUGUGCAUUGUGAGCAUUCCCUUUGACAGACCAUGUCAAUAAAAUGAGAACUUCAAUGGAGAAUUAGUCAAAGGGACCAUAUCAUAAAAGAUAAGUUGACUAUUCUCCACACUCAGUUCUCCCCCCAGUUAAUUCCGCCUUUCUGAAUGGACUCUAACUAAAUGUCUAAUUAUUAAUGAGACGGAAAAAGUAGGCCACUACCCCUUUUGUUACCCAACCUUAGAACAGCCAUUGUGGAAAGUGGGACGUUAGCUACUCCUAGUAAUACCUUUCUGACAUUCAUUUCUAGGGAGGUAGUUGAAGUAAAUUGAAUAACUAGACAAAAGAAAAUGGCAGGAAUAUCGAUUUAUCUCCCAGCUUUUGUAUAGACAGGCCUAUAGAUGACACCCUUUAGGGAUUCCUGUUUUUGGGGAAGGGAAUAUAGUGUCAAACUUAGCCUACACUACUCCAGACCUAUCACGGUACCUGCAGUUACAGUAUAAACAUUUAUAUCAUAGGCUGCCACCCGGGGGUCUCUAGCUAAAUUGACGUAUAAGAUCGUACCUGGGGAUUAAACAGACACUUGUUUUGUAGGCAAUAUGUUUCUUGCAUCUUGGCAGCCAAACUUUAGGUAAGAGCAAAUAAAACACAUUCUAAAAGACCAACAGAGAAGGAUUAAGAGAGCAUUUAUGCACUUUCCACAUCCAUUGCAAACUUUUUCAGGAACAUUUCUAACUUUAAAGAACCUUACUACAGAAAAUCUUAGCCUGAUACAAUCUGAAGUUAAAGAGUUUUUUAGCGUUAUUGUUUCUACAUAGAUUAACGUUAGAUUUCCUUCUACCUAAACAAAGAAUAUGUACCCUUGUAAAUGAGUCUUGCUGUGUUUAUUUACGUGAGUAAAUAAAAUGUAUGAGACCAUUAAAUCUUUUCACACACAUACAAUGAAGAGUGAAGCCUGUGUGUGAGUCUGGUUGACUGACAUCUAAAGGGACUCAGAAGACAGAUUGUUAAAGAUAGAACAAUAUAUCCUUUUCCUUGUUUUAGUUUAACCUUUUCCUAUUCUCCAUGUUAAGUGCUGUAUACAAUGUGGCAUCAAAAAAUCGAAGCGUUAGCGGAAUCACAAAUUUUAUAAAUGUUUAGCAACUUUAAAGAGAGAGAAGAAUGUUUAUAACUUAAUGAGUUAUUUCUUCUGAGCUUUAGUUGUCUUAAGAAAAAAGGAGGGAAUUGUAGUAGGUAGAAAAAAAUAUUUGUUAGUGGAAAAUUACUCAACUGAAACCAUAUCAUACUGUUAGUGUAACUGAAUGUAUCAGAAACUGUUCCUAUGUAGAUGUUCUGUGAAACUGGUUUUUAAAAUGUUACGAGAACCUGUUUCUUUUUUUAAGGGGGAGGUGGGACAAUGUGGGGAGGUCUAACAAUUAAAAUAUGUUGAUGUUUAUGUAACCAUAAUAUGUUUCUUUUUCUGUGGGGGGGGGUAUAAAAGUGCCUUGCUCAUGAGCACAUUUUUUCUAUUCCCCCCAAAAGGAACCCUUUCCCCAGCUUCGCAGCUGAAUAAACCAACAGCUUUGUACGUGCUGAA